AAAUAUUAUGGACCGUUGUUCAUGGAAGCGUUGCAGUUUUUUUUUACUGCGCCAUUACAUCAUGCUGUGGUUGGUUUUGAAAACUUAGCGCCCUUGUCACGACAACAUUUUCUCGACGAGCCAACCCUCAUCCACCGUAUGCGAUUUGACAGUUGGGUUGCGAAAAAUUCAGAAGUAAACAAACGGCAGCUCGUACCGCAAGCAGAACCGAAUGUGAUGACAUAAGUUUGUACCGUCGCAAAUUGGCCGAUUUUGUGACGAAAAUAAGAUUUAGCCGAAUAAUUUCUUACCGAAUUCUGACAGAAAGUCUAAGAGCUGUGAACGAUGUCCUUUCCCGACAAGGAAGCUAGAGCCGUUUGCUGGGCGGCGCGAGACGAAUACUGGUCCUGCCUGGAAAAGCAUGCCCCCAGUCACAGUUCCACUUCGGGAGAACCGGAACCCCAACAGUGUGUGGCCUUGCGGAAGCUGUACGAGAAACGAUGUCCUGGCCAGUGGGUGAAGCAUUUCGAUCGGAAACGAACCUUCGAACAGUUCAAGCAGAAAAUGGCCAAAGGGUACGAACCGCUGGACGACAAAACUCCCAAAUAGCGCUGCUUAGUCAUUAAUCGUGUUUAAGAUACAGUUAGCGAGUGAUUUAUUAAUCAUGGUUUUGAGUUCUAACCGAGAGUGUACAGUUUGUUUGAAUAAAUAGAUAAAAUACAAAAUCUUAAGCUAA